AUGGCUCAAGCACCGAAGCAGGCCCAUUCUACUAUUGUGAUAACUGUUGCAUUUGUUCUACUUCUCGGCGGAAGCUCGGUCCGGGCGAAUCAGCACAAUGAGUACGAGGAGAUCGGCAUCUACCCGCAGCGGGAGCACUCGCUCACCAAGCCAUAUCAAGGCUCCGGCAUGACCAUUCCCAACUGGGACUUUAUCGGCAACACCAUGGUCACCACCAGCUUCAUUCGCCUCACCACGGACACGCAGAGUCGCCUGGGCGGCAUCUGGAACAAAGUUCCAAUCUACUUUCCCAACUGGGAGGUGAUACUGGAGUUCAAGGUGGCCGGCCACGGCAAGGAGCUCUUCGGCGACGGCAUGGCCUUCUGGUACGUGAAGCACCCGAUGCAGGCCGGCAACGUCUUCGGCAGCGCCGACUACUUCUUCGGCCUGGGCAUCUUCCUCGACACGUACGCCAACCAGAACGGUGCCCACUCGCACACCCAUCCCUACAUCUCGGCGAUGAUCAACAACGCCACCAUCAGCUACGACCAUGAUCGAGAUGGGACGCAUUCCGAGUUCGCCGGCUGCGAGUCAAAGUUUCGCGGCGUCGACCACGACACCUACCUCAGCAUUCGCUACUACAAUGACUCGCUGACGCUGCGGACCGACGUCGAUGGCUCGGGGAACUGGGAGCAGUGCUUCCACGCCGAGGGCGUCCGCCUGCCCACCGGCCUCUACAUGGGCGUGACGGCGGCCACCGGCGAGCUGAGCGACAACCACGACGUCAUCAGCAUCAAGACGUACAUGCUCGACGCGCCGUACAGCGCCUCGCGCGAGGACCGCUCGCUGAUCAUUCCCUCGGCGGUGGACGCCGCUCCUCACCGCGACCACGCCCACGACCUGCCCCCGCCCACCAGCUGGCUCAAGUUCUUCUUCUACAGCCUGCUGACGAUAGUUGGCCUGGCCAUUGUGGGAGGCGUCGGCUACGUGCUCUACCAGAAGAAGCAGGAGUCGUCGCGAAAGCGGUUCUACUAA